GAUAAAUAAGUUUAUUGAGAGGGGCACGCAUUGACGCUAGUAUUUCUGCUUUCUCCCCGAAAAAUUGGUGAUGGACAGUGAAAAAAAUUGGAGAACUUUCCCGUACCAUUGAUUCAAGAAUUAAAAUAAUGUCGAUUUCAUAUAAUCUCCCUAAUUGGAAUAUUAAAAAAAUGAACAGUUAGGAAUUAUUGAAGUACAACUCCUAGAAAAGACUUAUCAACAUGUUUUCUGUCAACCCACCUAAGCCCCCAGCUCCUGCGGAGCCUGAAAAGCGUAUUUUUGUUAACGAUGCCGACUGGGAUAAGAUUGCAGUGCACUUAAUAGGAAAUCAAAAAAGGUUUCGUGAAAAUAUUAUAAUCCCAAGGAUAAUGGGACCUGUACAUAUUAAGUCAAAUGAAGAAAAAACGAUUGAAAUGGUGAUGGAAAGUUGCGCUUUUAAGAGUAUAAUGAGUUGCGUGUUAGGUUAUGGUCUAGGAGCUGCAAUAGGACUGUUUACAUCGAGUGUGAAUCCAAAUGUUGCUAGCAUCGAAAAACAGCAAACAGUUAAAGAAAUUUUUCGAGAGAUGAAGACCACGACGUUAAGUUACGCAAAGAACUUUGCUGUUGUAGGUUGCGUAUUUUCAGCUAUCGAAUGUUCUAUAGAAUCAUAUAGAGGAAAAACUGACUGGAAAAAUGGCACUUAUGCUGGAGGAAUGACCGGAGGCUUAAUAGGCCUGAGAGCCGGUGUGAAGGCUGGCUUGGUUGGUGCUGCAGGUUUCGCAGCAUUCUCAACAGCGAUCGACUACUAUAUGCACAAAUCGUGAAGGAUAGAGUUUAUAGGAUUACUGUAAAUAGGUGAAAAUAUAUAAG